UGGCGUGCGUGUCGCACGCCCGUCCUUGUUUUGUUCAGGCGAGGAGGAAAAUAAUAUCCAUUGACUGACCGUCACUGUCACGUUAAACCUGACGCAAAAUUGCAGGCAUGACAGCAAAACGAGGCCUCAUCACUGACACGUUCAAGGUAGUGAAGAAGACAAAAAGAGAGGACAGAAGGGACAAAAAACCUCCUCCACCUCCCACUGCAGAUCCAGAACCUCCUUGCCUGAGUGAAAGAGAAACUGAUCUGCAAGACCUGAAAGACUUUGACCUGGACUGGCGCUUUGGGCCCUGCACAGGGAUCAGUCGGAUGAAGAGGUGGGAGAGGGCAGCUCUGCAUAUGCUGAACCCCCCACAGAUGAUUAAAGACAUUUUACUGAAGGAGAGCACAGACCCAGACUACUCAGAGAGCCUCUGGCAUAGCUAUCCCUUGUAAACAGAGUUGAGCAAGAAGAGUCGCUUCAAGAGAAAAACAAGGACAAUGACAAUAGUUGUUUGAUAGUUCAUUUUUACUUGUUGCUGCAUAAUUUUUACACUACAUUUUUAUUAAAAACUCUUUUGCAUUUUA